AUGUCUGCGCCUCGUCGCAACGGUCAACUGUCGUCAUGCGAGCCUUGCCGGAAAUCCAAGCUCCGAUGCGAUCAUUCGACUCCGACCUGCAAACGCUGCGAGCGCCGUGGUAAAUCGGACCUCUGUGUUUACCAUCCCGCCCCACUGACCAAGCCGCGCCAGUCUGGCCAGGUUCUCAAGGCAACACAGAAAAGCACCAAUCCCCAGCCGCUCCUGUGUGCGAAGACAAUUUCCGUCACCAAUCUCGGGAGCUCCGCGUCCGUCAGCCUGCUGGGAGCCGCACAGUUUCCCAAUGUUUCGAAACGUCAUCUGUCAGGCAGCGGUUUUCUGGGCCCGACCAGUUACUCGGGCAGCGUGUUCAGCAAUGAGGUUGAGCUGGAGCUGGGGAUUCGUGCUUCGCUCUCCCAGACAGACACACCACUUGACCCCCAGCGGGUGAACCAAGGAGCCCAAGUACUCUCGUUGCUCGAGCAUCUCGACUUGUACGAGAAACUGAUAGAGAACCGCAACAAGAUCAUACCAGGAUGGUUUUUUGGCCUCCCAUUAUUAAGGCCACUAAUUGCACGACUGAGGGCAUCCUACCGCAACGCGACCGCAGGUUCAGAGAAUAAGUACGCACGGUUGAUGGAUCUGUCCCGAGUCCUGUUCAAGAACUCGGCUGCUCCAAUUGAGACCAAAUCCUCGAUGUCCUUGAGUGACUACCUCUCUCAGUCCACGCUCCGGUGGGAUAUGAUCGGUCUUGUCUUUGCACAGGCAGGCUCGGCGACUUUCCAAGUUCUCCAACAGGAACUCGAUAACAUAUUCAAAGAAUACCCCGGAACAACGAAAGAAGGGUUAUGCCAGAUGACUGACCAAGCAACCGAGGCUUGCCUGCAAUUUUGUAAUUAUCUAGGUAUCAUUAGCGACCCACUGUCCUGGACCAUGAUCCAACACAUGAUCUUCCUCUCUUCGUUGCAUGGAAGUUGCGAUCACCGGACAUGGCAGAUGCUUGGAGAUCUCACCACCACAGUUUUUGCACUAGGCAUUCACCAGUCUGCUGAAGACAGUGAGACCCCGUUCUUUCUGGGAGAGAUCCGAAAGAGGGCUAUGGUCGCGGCUUAUGCACUGGACAAGGACCUUGCGACUUGCCUAGGCCGACCGCCUCGAAUAUGCUGGCGCUAUUGCAAUAUCCAGUUCCCCCUGGAUAUCGAUUAUGAUGAACUCGUAGCAGAGCCCGCGGUUAGAGAGGCGGCGCUUCAGCACCUCGAUGCAGCAGGCUGGAACAAAGACGGACGACUUGACAAAGGGGCACGAGCUAGAGGCGUUCUGAUUGCCAGCCUCUUGCGCGAGAGUGUUUUGGAGGUAUCUUUGAGCCACGAGCUUGACGGCCUAGAGGAGAGGGUCUUAGAGGUUUGCCGUAGGUCGGACGAGUACCGCUUAGGUAUGCCGGAGCAUCUGCAAUGGACAGACAACAAGGAAGAUCUGUCACUUGCAUCCCUGCAUCUAGAGUUCUUGUAUCAGCAAUUUCUACUUUUCCAAACAUUGUUUAAGCGUAUAGGCAAGGGACUUGAUCUGCUCAUCCGCACAUCGUCGGAGAUCAUCACACUCCUGCUCAAGAUGAUAUCCAUACAAUCACGGCAAGGGCUGGUUCCUGCAUACGUGAAAUGGGAUUUGUGUUAUAUCGGCCUGCCCGCGGCCGGCGUUUUGUCGAUCGAAUUACUCCGACGCUCUCAGACUCAGCCGCUCACCCUGCUGGCAUCGCCUUUACCACCGUUUCCCCGGUCGGAGAUUAUUCAGAAGCUGUCAGUGUUCAUCGCACAAUUCAACACCUUUGUCCCUCAAAAUGAGGGCGACUACGAGAUCAGUAAUCGGGGCCAGAAGGUCAUCUCGCAGGCGCUGGACCGCGUGCUGUCGGGUGUGCCGUCCAGCAUCUCUCCUUCCGAAGCAGUAGUCUCGGAUGGAGCCACCAUAGGCGAUGACAUGGAGUUCAUGGCCUUUUUAGAGAAUUUCGACUGGGAACAGGAGGUUCGGCUGGCUUUGGGGUAG